CACAAUGGGUGUAUAAUCCCUAUGGGUUUAGCUCUUCCACGUGAACAAAAUGCUAAAUUAGGCACCAAUGAAAGUGAACAUUUAAUGAGUUUCGCGAGUUUUUAUACUUCUGAGCCCGGCUUUUCCGGUGCUUGCCUGGUCAACCAGGCUGUUACUGCUGGCGGCUGUCUGGCCCACAUAAUGCUGUACACUUUACCCAGCACAUUCAACAGAGGAAUGCUGGUGGCUCAGAGGUUUGUGUGUGGUGCAUAUCCCAUGCGUUUUUUAGCCACAGUUGCCCAAGAAGCAUCAGCGAAAACAAUUGAAGGCCCAUUGUCUGUAUAUGAUAAUUUUAUUGCUGAAAGAAAGCUGCUAUAUGAUCAACAUCAAAAAGAAAUUGUAAAUGAGCUUCAGCGAUGUUAUGACGAGGUUUUGACAUAUACACCACCACCUCCACCAAAUGCAUUGCAGAAGUUUCUGGGUUGGCAGAGAGAUGUGAAUCCUCCUAGGGGUGUAUAUAUAUGGGGGACUGUUGGAACUGGCAAGACUAGGAUGAUGGAUCUCAUGUUUGAAUGUCUCCCAGGCAACAGGAAAAGAAGGGUACAUUUCAACUCCUUCAUGCUAGAUGUUCAUAAGAGAAUUCAUACAGAGAAGAAAAACAUCAAGAAAAUCCAUGCUCCUGAUCAGGCUCGUUAUUUUGAACCAGAUGGAACAUUUACAAUUAACCUUAGGCCAUACGAUCCCAUUCCACCUGUAGCAAGGGCCAUUGCUGAUGAAUCAUGGUUCAUAUGUUUUGAUGAAUUUCAGGUGACAGACAUUGGUGAUGCUAUGAUUCUUAAACGAUUGUUUACAGAAUUAUUUAAUAAUGGCAUUGUUGUCAUAGCAACAAGCAAUCGACGACCUGAUGACUUGUAUAGGAAUGGUCUCCAGAGGUCAAAUUUUUUGCCAUUCAUUCCUAUACUUAAAUCUCACUGUGAGGUUAUGAAUCUAGACUCAGGCAUAGAUUAUCGGGCAAACACACUCUCAAAUUCACAAAAGCUGUUCUUCAUCAAAUCAGAAUGUGAUGCAAAUUCAGAAGUUGAAGCAUUAUUUAAGAUCUUCAGUGCGGAGGAAACGGAUAUUGUCCGACCACGCACCCUCACUUACAGCGGUAGAAGUGUGACAUUCCAAAAGACUUGUGGUGGAAUAUUAGAUACCACAUUUGAUGAAUUGUGUAACAGACCUCUAGGUGCUUCCGAUUACAUCCAGCUGUGUCUUGUGUUCCAUACCAUCAUCAUCAGAGACAUCCCAGUCUUAAACCAGAAGUCCAGGAGCCAAGCUAGACGAUUCAUCACUCUCAUUGAUACAUUUUAUGAUAAAAAGGUACGGAUUGUAUGUACCAGUGACGUUCCUCAUACUCAGAUAUUCAGGGGAGAUGAAGGCCAUUCGGAAUUCAUAGACAAAGAAAGUUUAAUGCUAAUGGAUGAUUUAGGGCUCAAGGAGAAAAAUGAAAAUACAAAGGCUAUGAAUAUCUUCACAGGAGAAGAGGAGAUGUUUGCUUUUGACCGUGCUGUAUCUCGUCUCUCACAAAUGAUGACUCAAGAAUAUUGGAGAGAGUAUGAAUUUCAGAUGCGAUAAAAUAUUAUUGUUAGUUUUGCUGUUUAUUUCUCUUAUUUACAGAUUUAUAUAAUGCAGGUAAUACUGUACAGUAAUAAUAUAUAAUACACAAAUUGCUAAAUACAUAUAUUUCAUAUAAAUUUCAAUAGAUUAUCAGAUCAAUGAGGAGUAACGUGUGUACGGUUGUCCUUAGAAAUUCACGGACUUCGUUAUUAAUGGGUUUUGAUUAUGAAGCAUUUUAACUGAUAGCCAGCCAGUGAAUAGAUUAAAUUAACCAACAUUUUUCUAACUCAUUUGGUUGCCCAUGCCAUGUAUCUUUUCAUUGUGAUCAUUAUUUUUUAGAAAUGUUAAUUUUAACCAUAUUAGUGAUAUAUAACAGAGAAAUGGUCUCUAAAAUGCAAAAUGGCCCCAAAUCUGAACCAAAAUUUUUUUAUGCAGAUUUAAUUUUAUAUUGCUCACUUUUUUCAGUUUUGUGAAACAUGUUCCACAAAACUAAAAAACCCUGCAAAUUUCUAGGAACAAAUAGAUUCAUUUCUUCCUCCGUAAGCCAUGCGUGUCAUAAGAGUUGACUAAAAUGCUGGGAGCAAGGCGCUAGUAACCCCUUCUCCUGUAUAAAUGACUUAAUUUAGAGAGAACUUUUGUUUUUCUUUUUAGGUCACCCUACCGCAGUUGAAUAUGGCCAGUUUGCUAAAACAAUAUUUUUAAAACGUGGCAAUAAUUUAUUGUCUGUAUUUUUAUUAAGAAACAAAAUGAGGCAUAUAAUUGGCAAUCACUUAAGAAUCUGAGUUUCCAUGUUUGUAUGUGACCUAAGGUGUUCACAGUGGUAGUUUAGUGUGAUAUAAAAUUUCUGUGAGUGAUCUCAGUAUGCUAACAAUAAGGAAAACUUCAAACUUAACAUGCAAACAUCUUGAAAACAUUGGCUUAUUUUUACACCAGAGAUAUAAGGUCUUGACAUUGUUACAUUCAGUAGGGCCCUGCUUUGUGGUGUUUUGCCUUACGGCAUUCUGCUAAUACGGACAUUUCAAAUUAUGUACGUAUUGCCAAAACUCGCUAUAUGGCUUCCCCUGUCUUUCUGAUACGGCGUGCCCACUGAGUUUAUUUACAUUCUCUGUGAACACAUCUCUAUUAUGUCUGGAAACUUUCCAGAAUUUCAAGUGUUUUAAAGUUAUACUGCAUGUUUUAUAUGUACGUACUCUGAUAAUUAUACUUGUGUACCUGUACUUAAAUAUACGUACAUACUGUGUUGGCAUGCAGGUACACAUUAAAAUCACUAAGAGAGACUACUUUUGAAGAUGCCAUAUUAAAAACAAUAAUCUCUUGGGCGCAUUACAUGUCGUAUAAUACGUUAAUAGACAUUUCCAUUAAUCCAUCUAUGAUAUUUUUUCAAAAUUAUACAAGAAACAUGUUACAUAACACAUAAACAUGAUACAUAAACCCAUAGUAUAAAAAUUGACAUAAAUAUGAGAUGUGUUUACCAAGCAGCUUGUAGGAGUGUCGGAAGAAUUAUGUUUUCUCUAGUCCAAUACCAGUUAACUGGGGGAUAACUGUAAAAAAAUAUUCCUUUCAUAUGCCUUAAUUCUAUAGUUAUUUAUGACCCAUGUGGGUUUAGCGCUUCCUAUUUAUUACGAUUGUAAUAAUAUCAUCGUUCACUCUAAAAAUGGUGUGUUGCAUGAGAAUGGGAGUAUUGCUGUUUAUUUAUUCUACUGUACCAAUGUGGAGACAACUUGUACACAGUGUAAGAUGUUUGUAUGAACGUGUAUGAACCAUAACCAGAUGCGUUCGUCCGUUUGUUUACAUGCUUUCUGCCUCUAUCCUCUCUUUUACUUGUUCUCUCUUUCAUUUACUUGUUUUUAUCUUGCUUACUCAUCUCUCACCCUACAUUAAGAUUACAAAUAUUUUAAGGUAAUUAAUGAGUGUACUGUAUAUGCAUUUUAUUGCACUAGGGUGCUUUAAAUGUUGUAGUAUAUUGUGUGUGGUUGGGGUGGCCAGGUGAGCUACCAUACCUCCCACACCUGACUUUCUACAAAUAAAUACUUUUCACCUCUCGCCCUACAUUAAGACCACAGUGGUAACCCAAGUUUCGUACAGCUCCCAACUGGAACACUUAUGCAAGUGUAUUAUUGUAAGUGCUUUUGUAAGUGUAUUUCUGGGGGUCUGAAAUGGACUAAUGUAAUUUACAUCAUUCCUUAUGGGAACAAAUCCGUUGGGUAACGGCACUUGAACAGCCUUCUGGAACGAAUUAUGGCUGAAACUUGGGGUACCACUGUACAAAUAUUUUAAGGUAAGUUAUGAGUGUACUUUAUAUGCAUUUUAUCAGUCUAGGACGCUCUAAACGUUGUAGUAUAUUACGUGUGGGUGGGGUGGCUAGGAGAGCUACCAUACCUACCACACCUGACUUCUUACAAUAAAUACUAUGUACUUGCCUU